AUGUGUCCUGGUCAGUCCACCGACUCACUCCGCCCUCUGACCGAAGUCCAUUCACUCAUGAACACCCCAGACUGCCUCCAACCAAGCUCCUCCAGCUCCAGGCCCAGCGCCAGACCAGCCUCAGACAAUGUUCUGGCCAACACACCAAGCAUUGUUAUGGGACAGAGAUGGCUUGGUAACGAUGAUAGCAUAUUUACCGACACUGACAGCCAGCCUGUCAGCCCCAGCCAAAUGGUUAUUGAAUUGACUGACUCCCCUGUUUCCUCUGCGCAAGAAUUCCCCCCUGCUACCCCGCCACCGCCUCCCGUUGAUGGCACUGGCACCAAUGAUGAAAUUUUGGUCAUUGCCUGUGGGAACUGCACAGCCCGCAACGUGGUGGAGACGGUGAAGGACUAUUACUAUGUGGUCUUCAAAGGCAGGGGUGCAGUUGGUGUUUUUUGGAGCCUGGAGGCUGCAGACCUUGUCUGUGUGAGCGUUCCCAAUGCGUUCCGGAGAAAAUAUACCACCCAAAGUGCUGCUUUUGAGGUGUUAGCCCAUGCAGAGUGCACCAACACCAUUGCGUGGCUGUAG